UGAACGAGUAUGGGACUGUGUGUGAGAGUGAAGAAAACGAGCUCAACGUGAACGGAGAAAAUGUUGCCAAUUGUCGGCAAAGGCGGCGGAGUUGGCCAGUUACUGGCGGCAGUAGCGGCGGCUCUACUGCUCCGCCUUUUCUCUUCCCCUGGUCCGGCGCUUUUGCCGGAAAAUGAAGCUCUUCCCGACGACGACGAUGAGAGAGAAAGUGAAAAUGGCGAAGCUCCAGCUCCGAUCAUUGGAAAAGUUGCUCCGGUUACUAUUAAAUGGACUAAUAUUACCUGUUCUCUCUCUGAUAAAUCCUCUAACACUGUGCGGUUUUUGCUAAAAAAUGUGACCGGAGAAGCCAAACCUGGUCGAUUGCUAGCGUUAAUGGGUCCAUCAGGAUCAGGAAAGACAACUCUUCUCAAUGUUUUGGCAGGUCAGAUAAAUGCAUCACCCAAGUUACAUUUGUCUGGCCUUUUGGACAUUAAUGGGGUGCCAUUUUCAAACAAAAUAUACAAGUUUGCUUAUGUUAGACAAGAGGACCUUUUCUUUUCCCAGUUGACUGUUCGAGAAACACUCUCUCUUGCUGCUGAACUGCAGCUACAGGACGUAUCUUCAAUAGAAGAGAGAGAUGAAUAUGUGAACAAUCUAUUGUUUAAACUGGGUUUGGUCAGUUGUGCUGAUUCACGCAUUGGUGAUGCAAAAGUUCGUGGAAUUAGUGGAGGUGAAAAGAAGCGCCUGUCGCUUGCAUGUGAGCUUAUUGCCAGUCCAUCUGUAGUUUUUGCGGAUGAACCUACUACUGGACUUGAUGCUUUUCAAGCAGAGCGAGUGAUGGAAACGCUAAGACAACUAGCACAGGAUGGCCAUACUGUUAUAUGCUCUAUACACCAGCCUAGAGGUUCUGUGUAUGCAAAAUUCGACGACAUUGCUCUUUUGGCUGAGGGUUCACUCGUCUAUGCUGGUCCUGCACAUGAUGAAGUACUGGCAUACUUCUCGAAAUUUGGGUACAUUUGUCCAGAUCAUGUGAAUCCUGCUGAAUUUUUGGCUGAUCUAAUAUCUAUAGACUAUAGUUCGUCCGAGAGUGUAUACGCUUCCCAAAAGAGAAUAGAUGGUCUAGUUGAGUCAUUCUCAGAACAGAUAUCGGAGGUUUUAUAUGCAACUCCACUUUUAAGGGAUAGCUCGAAAACCCGUGUAAACUUAACAAAGAAAUCUAUUUCACGUAAAGGUGGUUGGUGGAGGCAGUUCUGGUUACUUCUCAAACGUGCAUGGAUGCAAGCUUCUCGAGAUGGACCGACAAACAAAGUUCGGGCAAGGAUGUCAAUGGCAUCAGCGUUGAUUUUUGGCUCUGUUUUCUGGAGGAUGGGCAGAUCCCAGACGUCAAUACAAGACAGAAUGGGAUUACUUCAGGUUGCUGCAAUAAACACUGCUAUGGCAGCUCUGACAAAAACAGUUGGUGUCUUUCCCAAGGAACGCGCAAUUGUUGACAGAGAACGUGCCAAAGGGUCUUAUGCUCUGGGACCUUAUUUGCUUUCCAAGUUGAUUGCCGAGAUUCCUGUUGGAGCAGCAUUUCCACUACUCUUUGGUAGCAUCCUAUACCCUAUGGCUCGACUUCAUCCUACCAUUUCUAGAUUUGGGAAGUUCUGCGGAAUUGUAACUGUGGAGUCUUUUGCUGCAUCUGCUAUGGGUUUGACUGUAGGAGCUAUGGUUCCAACAACUGAAGCCGCAUUAGCAUUGGGUCCCUCUCUUAUGACAGUUUUUAUUGUCUUUGGGGGGUACUACGUCAAUUCAGAAAACACACCAAUUAUUUUUCGGUGGAUUCCUCGAGUUUCUCUUAUAAGAUGGGCGUUUCAGGGGCUUUGCAUCAACGAAUUUAGUGGCCUUCAAUUUGAGCAUCAAAAUUCAUUUGACAUACAAUCUGGUGAACAGGCACUUGAGCGGCUAUCAUUUGGAGGCAGUCGAAUAAGUGAUACAAUUAUUGCUCAAAGUAGAAUACUAAUGUUUUGGUAUUACACAACUUACCUUCUCUUGGAGAAGAAUAAACCCAAGUAUCAGCGGCUUGAACCAUCAGCACGUCUCAAAGAAGUCGAGGAAGAGGCCAAAGAGGUCGAGGAAGAGCCAGAAAAGGAAGAGCCAAAGUUUCAGGCUGUAAAGGAUGAUGAUUUACCUGAACCAGCUCAGCAAGUUGAAUCUCCUCCCGUGGAUGAAGGUAAACCCAACCAACAGCAGGAAAUUUCUCCUGCUGAACUUGAUCUGUUUAACCUUGACGGCUUCUAAAUUGCUUGGGAAAAUGGAUGAUGUUGAUACAAAGAUCUGCCACUUUUUUCAUUGAUUUAUCUCCUACAGGUGCUAAUCAAAAGGAGAUGCCUGUGCAGUAAAAGGAGGUCCUUCUUAUGUGAGCUAGUGAGCUAAUUCUAGCAUACAGUUAAAAUUCAUCUCCUUCCUGUAUCUUUAGGGGUAAAAAGCAUUAGAAAUUCCAUGAAGAUGGUCCAGAAUAGUCUUGAAGUAUGGUAAAUAUGAGCAGAAUUCAGAUGUAAAGCUGCAAAGUACGAACUUCUUAGCCUAUUUUAUUUCUCAUUUAAAAAAAAAAGGUUUACUGCUGGUUGGAAACCAAAUCCUUUGAUGGAUCCGUAAUGGUUGGUCGUAUCAAUAGCUUUUUCAUCCUUGAAUUGUAGGGCUGGAAAUUUGAUUUUCUAAUGAUUAUACAUGUUGAAUAUCUGUGGUGAUAUUUCUGUCGGUAGAGCAACGAUGAAGUUGUCUCCAUGUGACCUAUA